AUGAAAUUUUCACUGUCAAACAAUCACAUGAAUAACUGUAAUAAAAAAUAUAUCUAUAAUUGGUUUUAUUUAAUAUUUUUCACCCUAUUCUUUCUAAUUUCUAAUAUUCAAUUAUCAUUAGCACAAGAUAUUGCAAUAACAACAACAACAUCAUCAUCAUCAUCAUCAUCAUCAUCAUCUACUGCUGCCGCUACUGCUAGUACCACUUCACUCUCAUCGUCCACCACAUCAACUUCUUCUUCAACUUCCUCCUCAACUUCUAAAAAUUCUAAAACUACUAAAUACUCGAAUAGAGUACUAAAAACCUCUUCUUUACUAACAUGUAUGGACAACUCCCAAUUCACCGCACAGUACUUCGAUGUUAGAUAUUAUCCAGACAAUAAAACCGUGGUAUUCAAAGUCGACGCAACAACUACCAUAGACGCUAAAAUUAUUAUCGAUGCUGAGGUCAUCGCAUAUGGUCUACAAGUUUUAAACAUGACUAUUAAUCCAUGUUCGCUAGGCCAACUUGGUAUCUGUCCUUUAUCCCCAGGUAGAAUCGAUGUAGAAUCAACAUACGUGGUAGAUUCAGAUGCAACCAAUCAAAUCCCUUCAAUAGCGUACACCAUCCCCGAUCUAGACGCUCAAGUUAGAGUCAUUGCCUAUUCCGUGGACGAUGUCACUAAAUCUAACCCGUUAGCUUGUGUACAAGCAAUCCUAAGUAAUGGAAAAACCGUACAAACUAAGUAUGCAUCAUGGCCAAUAGCAGCUAUCUCGGGGGUAGGUAUCUUAACGUCGGGUUUUGUCUCAGUCAUUGGCUAUAGUUCCACUGCAACUCAUAUAGCGUCCAAUUCCAUCUCUCUGUUCAUUUAUUUCCAAAACCUUGCAAUCACUGCCAUGAUGGGUGUCUCAAGGGUUCCACCAAUUGCUGCAGCUUGGACCCAAAAUUUCCAAUGGUCCAUGGGUAUAAUAUACGCUAAAUUCAUGCAAAACAUUUUCAAUUGGUAUGUUCAAUCAACCAAUGGUAUAUCCACAGUCGUUAUAUCAAACAAAGAUAUUCUUUCCAUAUCUGUACAAAAGAAAAGGAAGAGAGGUUACUCUGUAGUCUCAUCGAGUGACUAUAACUUUGAUGCACUCACCGACGAUUCAAGUCUAUAUACUACCAAUGAAAGAAACAGUGAUAACUAUUCAACAAAGAUCCUGGUGUUGAGGGGUAUCCAACGUGUUGCAUAUUUGGCUAACAUCGAGUUAUCGAAUCUGUUUUUAACUGGGAUAGUAAUAUUUUUGUUUUUCUUAUUCGUUGUUGUCGUAUCUUUGAUCUUUUUCAAAUCUUUAUUGGAAGUCUUGACUAGAGCAAGAUUAAUGCCACAAACUUCUAAUUUCUUCCAAUAUAGGAAAAAUUGGGGCCAAAUCAUUAAAGGUACGUUAUACAGGCUAUCAAUCAUUGCGUUCCCACAGAUUUGUCUUUUAACAAUCUGGGAAUUUACUCAAUUGGAUUCACCUGCUGUGGUGGUUGAUGCAGUGAUAAUUUUAAUCAUUUGCAUGGGAUUACUCAUCUACGGUACGACUAGAGUGCUGUUGAAGGGAGUAGAAUCAAAGAGACUCUACAAGACACCUGCAUAUUUAUUAUAUGGUGAUACUACCUUUUUGAAUAAAUUUGGGUUUUUAUAUGUACAAUUUAAGGCUGAUACAUUUUGGUGGUUACUUGUACUGUUGUGCUAUUCCUUUUUAAGAUCAUUAUUUGUGGCUGUAUUACAGGAGAAUGGGAAAGCGCAAGCAAUGAUCAUAUUCAUCAUUGAAUUGUUCUACUUCAUUGCAUUAUGCUGGAUUAAACCAUAUUUAGAUAAAAGAACAAACAUUUUCAAUAUUGCGAUCCAUUUAGUAAAUUUAAUUAACGCAUUUUUCUUUUUAUUCUUCAGCAAUAUAUUUAAUCAAGCCCCUAUAGUGUCCUCCGUGAUGGCAAUUAUUUUGUUUAUUUUAAAUGCAGUAUUUGCAUUAUUUUUAUUAAUUUUCACCGUUAUCACGUGUGCAUUAGCAUUGGUUCAUAGAAACCCUGAUAUAAGAUAUCAACCAAUGAAGGAUGAUCGUGUAUCAUUUAUUCCUAAGAUGACAAAUGGAGAUGGAAUGAUCGAUUAUAAAAAUAACAAAUCCGAAGCAGAAUUAUUUGAAUUGAGACAAGCUGUCCUUGAUACAAAUGAGACAGAGAAAGAGAAAGAGUUAAGAGAUGAUGCUUUUACAAAGAAGAAUCAAUAUGAAACUAAUAGUAACACGUUUGAUUACGAUUUUGAUAAUGAUAGCGGUAGCGUGUUCAAUUCAAAUAAUAUGAGAUCAUCAGAGGAAUUUGUACAGCCAUUCUCCACCAUAAACAACAAUAACAAUACUACUACUACUAAUAAUAAUAAUAAUUACCUUAGUGUAUCCAAUAGAUCUGCAUCAUAUGCAGGCAGUUCGAUGUCGAAUCUAUUAAAAACUGGAUCAAGGUCGCCUGUAAAGAAUAGCAGUAACAAUGUAGAAAAUUUAAAGAAACCAGAAACAACUUUUUACGGUAAUAAUCAUUCAUAUUCUAGGGACUUUUUGUAA